AUGAAAAAUCACAGAAAUAUAUCAGAGUUCAUUCUUUUGGGCCUGUCCUCUGACCAGAAGAUACAGAUAUUUUGCUUUAUAUUGUUCUUAUUGUGUUACGUUGCCAUCUUGGUGGGAAACCUUCUGAUCCUUGUCUCCAUUCGAUGCAGUGUCCUUUUUCACCAACCGAUGUACUAUUUCCUCAGCCACUUAUCCUCCAUGGACAUCUGCUAUACCUCCUGUGUGACACCCAAACUGAUAGGUGACCUGCUCCUGGGAAGGAAAACCAUCUCUUACGGUAACUGCUUGUUGCAGGUCUUUACCAUGCACUUUUUUGGCAUCAUUGAAGUUUUCAUCCUGACAGUCAUGGCCUUUGACCGCUGCGUUGCCAUCUGCAAGCCUCUCCACUACAUGAUUAUCAUGAGUAGGACAAGAUGCAAUCUUCUGGUCUUGGCCGCCUGGGCUGGGGGGGCUGUCCAUUCCUUUUCUCAGUUCUCGAUGGUCAUCGGUUUGCCCUUCUGUGGCCCCCGUGAAAUUGAUCACUAUUACUGUGAUAUGUUCCCUUUGCUGAAAGUGGCCUGUAGGGAUACCCACAUUACUGGUGUCCUUGUGGUUGCCAAUUCAGGGAUGGUUGCCUUAGUAACCUUUGUUCUCUUGUGUGGGUCUUAUGGCAUCAUCUUAUUUACCUUAAGACAUCACUCAGCUGAAGGAAGGCGCAAGGCCCUCUCUACCUGUGGGUCUCACAUCACCGUGGUGGUAUUAUUUUUUGGACCUUCAAUCUUUGCCUACCUCAGACCCCCUACCACUUUCCCUGAGGAUAAAAUAUUUUCUCUCUUUUAUACCAUCAUAGCUCCUAUGUUCAAUCCUUUAAUCUAUACUCUGAGAAAUUCAGAGAUGAAAAAGGCCAUGAGAAAGGUUUGGUGUCCAAAGAUGUUUUCAGAAGGAAAUCAUAAUUGA